AUGUGUUUGGCUGGGGAUCAUGGCAUGUGGUGGAAGGAAGCUGAAUUCUCAAAAUCUGAAGGGAAAGAAAAAACUGUAGAGUGAAUUAUACGAGAGGGAUAGGGCGAAGAAUGUGACGUCUACUUGACGAAACGCGGGAAGAACAAAUGGAGUCCAGUAACCUGGCAGGCAGAGUGAAAUCAGAUUAGCAAUACCACACAGGAACAAACGAUUCUUUCUUUUCUUUUCUUUUUUUGUUUGAGAGAGAGAGAGAGAGAGAGAGACACGCAGCGUGUGUGCGAGUGGCCCACCCCCCACUCUGCGGGUGGGGAUACUGUUCCCAAUCCCACCACUACGUUCCUUCUCCUUACACAUAAUAAUUGUUAUAAUUAUUAUUUUUGUGCGUACAGCACAUCAUGUCAUUGUACUAUACCAUCCAUUAUCAUUUCCAUAACCCUUUCCUUUCCUUUCGUUUCCUUGUCGCUUAUUCACAUUCAUCUUCUCUUUCACCUUCCACCGAACACGCACUUUCCCACAUUCACUCACCGUCACCGUCGAUCUGCUCUGCUCUUCGUCAACGCAACUCCAAUUCUCACUUAAAACACUUCCCACCUACCUUUUGCUUCGCUUCAUCAGGUUCACGUUGAUCUUCUUCAACCUUAAUUUCACACCGUUGUAUUUUUAUUUAAUAUAAUUUAUCUUUUUAAGAUAGGAAGAUAAAAAAGGAAGAGCAUCUUUCGAGUUUAGUUGACUUCAAUUUUAUAAUUAGCUAGCUAUGUGGAUUUCCCUUAAUUGGAACCGUGGUUGCGUGGGUGUACUCUUUCUCGACUUUUGGGGAGGAACUGAGGCUGAUUAAUUUGGAUUCCUUUCUGCUGUGACUGUUACUUGUGGUUAUUGUUUUUGAAUUCAAUUUGUGAUGAUGGAAGCUUUUCAUUUGUAUGGUAUGGGUGGUGGUGGUUCAUCUGAUGUGAGGCCUUUGGGGAAGAGGUCCGUGGAGUGGGAUUUGAAUGAUUGGAAAUGGGAUGGUGAUCUUUUCAUAGCUAAGCAGCUGAGUCCGGUGCCAGAACAUAGGCAAUUUUUACCUAUGCCUGGCGCUGGGGGUUCUUCCAACUCCAAUACUUCAUCUUCGUGCUCUGAUGAGGUAGAUCUUGGGAACAAGGAAGGUGACAAGAAGAGGAGGGUUAUUGUGCUGGAGGAUGAAUUGGAUUUGAAUGAGGUUGCAGAAGCGGGUAGCCUUAGCUUGAAGCUUGGUGGUGGACGUGGUAGUGGUGGUACUCCAAUUCCUGUUCCAAGCUGGGAAGGAACCAACGGCAAGAAAGGCAGGGUUGCUGCUGGAGGUACUUCUAAUCGAGCUGUUUGUCAGGUGGAGGACUGUGGCGUAGAUCUCACCAACGCUAAAGAUUAUCACAGACGUCAUAAAGUUUGUGAGAUGCACUCCAAGGCCACUAAGGCCCUUGUGGGAAAUGCAAUGCAGCGCUUCUGCCAACAAUGUAGUAGGUUUCACAUGCUUCAGGAGUUCGAUGAAGGAAAGAGAAGCUGUCGUAGACGAUUGGCGGGCCAUAAUAAACGAAGGAGGAAAACAAAUCACGAUGCUGUUCCCAAUGGAAGUUCACUGAACGAUGAUCAGACUAGCAGUUACCUGUUGAUAAGUUUAUUGAAGAUACUUUCUAAAAUGCAUUCUGACAGGUCAGAUCAGGCCACAGAUCAGGAUCUGCUGACACAUCUUUUAAGGAGUCUUGCUAGUCAGAAUGGUGAGCAAGGGCGCAUGAACUUGUCUAACCUUUUGCAGGAACCGGAGAAUUUGUUGAAAGAAGGGAGUUCCUCUGGGAAGUCUGAGAUGGUUUCUACUUUAUUAUCAAAUGGUUCUCAUGGCUCUCCAACUGUUACAAGACACCAUCAAACAGUUUCUAUUAGUGAAAUUCAGCAUCAGGUGAUGCAUGCACAUGAUGCUAGGGCUGCUGAUCAACAAACCAUGUCUUCUACAAAGCCCAGCAUUUCAAAUAGUCCUCCUGCUUACUCAGAAGCCAGAGACAGUACUGCUGGACAGACCAAGAUGAAUAAUUUUGAUUUGAAUGACAUAUAUAUUGACUCAGAUGAUGGCAUAGAGGACAUAGAAAGGUUGCCUGUCUCUGAAAAUGUUGUUACAAGCUCUCUUGUUUACCAGUGGAUGCAACAAGAUUCUCAUCAGUCAAGUCCACCUCAAACGAGUGGAAAUUCAGAUUCUGCAUCUGCCCAGUCCCCUUCUAGUUCUAGUGGAGAAGCUCAGAGUCGCACAGAUCGAAUUGUUUUCAAACUCUUUGGUAAAGAGCCGAAUGAUUUUCCUCAUGUACUCAGAGCACAGAUUCUUGACUGGUUAUCCCACAGUCCUACUGAUAUUGAGAGCUACAUACGACCUGGUUGUAUUGUUUUGACUAUUUAUCUGCGUCAGCCUGAGGCUUUGUGGGAGGAACUUUGCUAUGAUAUGACUUCCAGUUUGAAUAAGCUUUUGGAUGUCUCGGAUGAUGCUUUUUGGAGUACUGGAUGGAUUCACAUCAGGGUGCAGCAUCAGAUAGCCUUCAUUUUCAAUGGUCAGGUUGUCAUAGAUACAUCCUUACCUUUCAGAAGUAAUAAUUACAGUAAGAUUUUGAAUGUUAGUCCAAUUGCUGUACCAGCAUCAAAGACAGUUCAAUUUUCUGUUAAGGGUAUCAACCUGAUUCGCCCUGCCACUAGGUUAUUGUGUGCUUUAGAAGGGAAUUAUCUGGUCUGUGAAGAUGCUCAUGAGUUGAUGGAUCGAUGCUCCAAGGAUAUUGAUGAGCUUCAGUGCAUUCAGUUUUCAUGUUCUGUCCCUGUGAUGAAUGGAAGAGGAUUUAUAGAGAUUGAGGACCAGGGUUUGAGCAGCAGCUUUUUUCCUUUCAUAGUUGUGGAGGAGGAUGUUUGCUCCGAAAUCUGUGUACUUGAGCCUUUACUGGAAUUAAGUGAUACUGAUCCAGAUAUUGAAGGGACUGGAAAAAUUAAAGCCAAAAAUCAAGCCAUGGAUUUCAUUCAUGAAAUGGGUUGGCUUCUUCACAGAUGCCAAUUGAAAUCUAGUGCAGAUCUGUUUCCAUUAAAACGAUUCAAGUGGCUCAUGGAGUUCUCUGUGGACCAUGAUUGGUGUGCUGUAGUUAAAAAACUAUUGAACCUCCUGCUUGAUGGAACUGUGAAUACAGGAGAUUCCCUGUACCUUGCACUUUCAGAGCUGGGUCUCCUUCACAGAGCUGUAAGGAGAAAUAGCAGGCAGUUGGUGGAGCUGCUUUUGAGAUUUGUUCCCGAGAAUAUUUCUGAUAAACUAGGACCUGAAGGUAAGGCAUUGGUUGAUGGAGAAAAUCGGAGCUUCUUGUUUAGACCUGAUGUUGUUGGUCCUGCUGGUUUGACACCACUCCAUAUAGCAGCUGGGAAGGAUGGUUCUGAGGAUGUACUGGAUGCUUUAACUAAUGAUCCUUGCAUGGUGGGAAUUGAAGCAUGGAAGAGUGCUUUUGACAGUACGGGCUCCACACCUGAGGAGUAUGCACGUUUACGUGGCCAUUAUGCUUACAUUCACUUGGUGCAAAAGAAAAUCAACAAGAGACAAGGAGCAGCUCAAGUGGUGAUUGAGAUUCCAAGUAAUCUGACAGGGUUCAAUACAAACCUGAAGCAAGAUGAGUCCUCGACUAGCUUUGAGAUUGGAAAGGCUGAAGUUAGAAGUGUUCAAAAGCACUGCAAACUUUGUGAUCGUAAGUUGUCUUGUAGAACUGCUGUAGGCAGGUCUUUGGUCUACAGACCUACAAUGUUGUCAAUGGUGGCCAUAGCAGCAGUAUGUGUCUGUGUGGCUCUUCUGUUUAAAAGCUCACCCGAAGUUCUGUAUGUAUUCCGACCCUUCAGGUGGGAAUCAUUGGAGUUCGGAACAUGCUGAGGUUCAUUAACUUAUGACUUUAAUUUUAUAGGUAAUGUAAUUGGAUGCGUUCAUAGACCGUAUGACCGAUAUUUCCUGUAGGACUGUUUCUUUAUGUUGGCUAAAUUGUGUAAUGUUAUUUACGUGUAUAUUAUUGGCUUGCUUCCUUAUGAGACACGUGUUGUUUUGCUUUUAUUUUCUUCUUAAACACCAUAUGAUAGAAUCCUUUUA